AUGUACCUGAUUACUGUAUUUGGAAACCUGCUCAUCAUCCUGGCUGUCAGCUCGGACUCCCACGUCCACACCCUCAUGUACUUCUUCCUCUCCAACCUGUCUUUUGUAGACAUCUGCUUCACCUCCACCAUCAUCCCAAAGAUGCUGUGGAACAUUCAGACUCAGAGCCUAGUUAUAACCUAUGAAGGCUGCAUCACCCAGAUGUAUUUUUUCACACUGUUUAUAGUUUUGGAUGACUUUCUCCUGACUGUGAUGGCCUAUGACCGGUUUGUGGCCAUCUGUCACCCCCUGCACUACACAGUCAUCAUGAACGCCUGGCUCUGUGCACUGCUGGUUCUGGUGUCCUGGAUCAUCGUGGUCUCUUUAUUUUAUUGUACAUGCUUAGGAGUGUAUAUUUAUCCUGCUAAUGCCCAUAGCUCACACUCAAGUGCAACGGCCUCAGUAAUGUACACUGUGGUCACACCCAUGCUGAACCCCUUCAUCUAUAGUCUGAGGAACAAAGACAUAAAGAAGGCUCUGAAAACAUCUGUUACACCUCCACCACCAUCCCAAAGAUGCUGUGGAGCAUCCAGACAUGGAGCAAAGUUACUUUUUGCUGGACUGGAUAUCUUUCUCCUGACACUGAUGGCUUUUAAUCCAUAUGCGGCCAUCUGUCACCCCCUGCACUACACAGUCAUCAUGACUACCCGGCUGUAUAGACUGCUGGUGCUGGUGUCCUGGGUCAUCAGUGUCCUGCAUUCCUUGUUAGAAAACUUAAUGGUAUUGUGA